UUUGAUGGUUGGAUAUGAUUCAGAACGAUAUGAGGGGCGUUGGUUUGUGCGUAGGGGAUGUAGAAAAUCGAGACGAGUAUAGGACAUACAUGUUCCCAGCACCCCCCCCCAUAUGAAAUUCUUAUUUUUUUUUUUGCUAAAUAUUUAGUAUGUAAUUUGUAUGAAUUUGUAUGUCUAUUCCCCAAAUUUGUACGAACUUUGUUGAAGCACUACGAACGAAAAACCGGGGCGGUGCUGGGGGCACGUGUUAUUAUUAAUAUUGAACUCCCAACAAAUCUCAAAGUUUUUUUAGAAAACCAUAUUUCGUCUUUAAGAGAAGCGUCAAUAACUCGAGGGAAUAAUAGCUCAGCACUAGAAGAACAUAAUUUAUUUAAUGAAGUUGAUACAGGUGUAAAAGUUGAUACAAUACAAAAUGUACAAUCAAGAUCACCAGAUAAUAUAUUAUACAAAACUAUCAAUGAAGAUACAGUGAUAAAUAUAUCUAAAACUAUACCAGUAAAUUCAAAUAAAUUGACAUGCUCUCUGUAAAAUACAGGUGUAUUUCUUUCUCAAAGUGGAGCUCAUCGUUGUACGAAGUGCAAUAUUUCGGUUCACGCGUUAUCCUUAUGCUCAAAUUAUGAACCAGGUCAUGAGGAUGGACGACUUUGUUUUUCAUGUAUAAAUCAUUUACAAUAUACUGAAAAUGAACCGACAAAUUUAGACGGAGAAUCAUUGGCAUGUCAGAAUUGGAAUAAGAAAUCUAAAAAAAAAAUAGAAAAAAUAAUUCUUAUCUUGAACCAAAUCCUCAUUUGAGACAUAUUAAUUUAAAAAAAUCUAAAAUUGUGUGGACCUUACCAUUAUUAAAAAAUGGAUCACGAGCUCUAGAAUUAAAAACCUGUUCUGUUAACUAAAUAGGAAAAGUUGUAUUAACGAAUACUUGUGCGUUUGAAACAAUUGCGUCUAUAUUUUUGGUUGCUUAUUGCGAUAGUCAAUUAUAUUCUAAUAAAAUUGAUAUCAUUUUGGAUUCUUCUACUUUCUUUAGUUUUAUUUCUAAGAUAGUAAAAUAUGGUAUUACAGCAUCAACAUAUUCGCAAAGGGCUGAUAUUAUGAUAAACACUCUACAACCCCAAAUGUAAAAGAAUUGGAGAUCUAAAAUUAGUAGUUUGUGAUUCGACGGCAUCAAAAAUAUUUAAUACAUUGUUUAUCUAAUUACCUUCUAUUAUUGAAAACAUUGCAUAUUCAAACGUAACAUGUAAAAGCAAUAGAAUUAUUUCUAUGAUAUACUCAACGUAUAAUACAUAUGGAGAUUUGAGUGAUCUUCCCAACUUCAUACAAGAAAGAGUAAUGACAGAAUAUUCGGUGUGUGGUUCCGUAGAAGGAAAUUAUUCUUGUCAAGAGACAAAAACAAUAACCACUUCCAUAUCAAGUAUACACAUUAUAGUGGAUUUAAUCAAGUGGGAAGGUGAUGAUGUCAAUUACAGUACGGAGGCCAGUCCUCAAUUUAAUAUAAAACUUGAGGACAUACCACAAAUAAUCGUAUGUUCAAAUGAAACAAUGGAGUUGAGAGGUAUUGGCUGUUAUCGGCCUGGACUCAGCCGUCUAAGAAAGGCAGUUGGCCAUUACUAUGCCAUUUGUAAAAGAGGGAACAGUUGGGAGUUGUUUGAUGACAUGAAAAAACAUUCAACCCCAAUGAAGUCUACAACAAUAGUUCCGUGUGAAUACUUAGUAUACACAAUUUGAAUAUACAACAUA